CGCCGCCUGCGCACGCUCAACCUGGGCGGCAACGCGCUGGGCCGCGUGGCGCGCGCCUGGUUCGCCGACCUGGCGGAGCUGGAGCUGCUCUACCUGGACCGCAACCGCAUCGCCUUCGUGGAGGAGGGCGCCUUCCAGAACCUCUCGGGCCUCCUCGCCCUGCACCUCAACAGCAACCGCCUCACCGUGCUGGCCUGGGCCGCCUUCCAGCCCGGCUUCUUCCUGGGCCGCCUCUUCCUCUUCCGCAACCCGUGGCACUGCGACUGCCACCUGGAGUGGCUGCGGGACUGGAUGGAGGGCUCCGGGCGCGUCACCGACGUGCCGUGCGCCUCCCCGGGCUCCGUGGCCGGCCUGGACCUCAGCCAGGUGGCCUUCGGGCGCUCCUCCCAUGGCCUGUGUAUGGACCCCGAGGAGCUGAACCUCACGGCGUCCAGUCCAGGCCCGUCCACAGAACCAGCGACCACCACCAUGAGCAGGUUCAGCAGCCUCCUCUCCAGGCUGCUGGCCCCAAGGGUCUCCGAGGAGGAGGCGGUCAACACCACCGGGGGGCUGGCCAAUGCCUCCCUGAACGACAGCCUUCCUUCUCGUGGGUUGGGACGCUCAGGCUGCAGGCCCACGUUUCUUCUCGCCUCUUGUCUCCUGCUCGGCGUGUCCCAGCACGUGGUCUUUGGCCUGCAGAUGGAGUGA